GUGGAACCCCGUUUUACUAUUAACUAUUAUCCAAUAUUAAAUUAUUCAUUAUUUUCCACAUAUAAAUAUUGGUUUGGUUGUAUAUAUCAAAGCCCUCUUCGUGUUUCAUUUUGCUUCUUCUGCUUUCCUGUUUCUCAACAUCUCUGCAGGAGGAGCCCCCUACUUUGAUCUCUCUCUCUCUCCCAUCUCUCUCUAUCUCUCUCAGGUUUUGUUUGAAUUUGGUAGCGGCAAGAUAAUGAAUAACUGUGCGAUCCAAAACGCUAGCACAACCUGGGAAGAAAUGAGGAGCUCUGUAGCUGUUGCUGUAUCUGUAUCUGAUAAGAGGGACACGGUUGUUUGUCCUAAACCACGGCGUGUUGGGCUUAUUAACAGCUUCGUAGAUGAGCCACUUAGGCCUGUGAGAUGGCCGAUGAGCCAUCAAUCAGACUUUUGCGAGUCAAAAGCGGGAAAUGAGCUAUUGGACAUCAUCUUGUCAAAGGGUGGUUAUACAGUGGAACAAUCGUCCACUCAGGCUUCCUCUCCACCCUCUUUUUUUUGUGGGUCGCCGCCAAGCAGGGUCUCUAACCCACUAAUUCAAGAUGCUCGAUUCGGGGAUGAGGUCAACCAAGUAUCACCUUGGGCAGUCCCUAUUCAGCCUGGCAUGCCAGCAUCCCCCUCAGCAUCUUCAAGGAAAGGAGCAUGUGGUCGGGCAAAUUUUGGUAACAAACCAGUUGUUAGAAUUGAGGGCUUUGAUUGUCUUGACAGGAAUAGUCGCCACUGCAGCAUUCCUACAAUGGCUUAAAACCUUGAGUGAAUACGUUAGAGAACACACAAAAUCUGAAGAAUAGAAGAACAUUCAAAAAAUGGAUCGCAGCAGAGUAAAUUAAACUUUUUCAGAAGAGAGAGUGACAUCCUUUUGCCGAUGUAUAUAUAUGUCUAUAAAGAAAAGAAUCGAGUCUGUAACUAUUGUCUCAGUAACAUCUGUAAGUAGUCAUUAACCAGAAUAAUUGAGGGCUCACUAGUAGUCUUUUCUGAUGUAAAUUACAAGAAUGGAGGGAGUUUUCAGAGUCGCAUUUUGGGUUCUAAGAAUCUUAGUGGGAGGCAUAUGAAGAGUAUUCUGUUAGAAAAAUCCGUUCACUGUGUAAAUAUAUAAAUAUAUUUAAAUGUCCUCAAGUUUUCUA